CAAAAAUCAAGAUGGUCGCGUCGAUGAGAUGCGGUGUCGGCAAGCAUGCAUGCGCGCGCUUCGAAGGCCCGACUAAGGCCGCGCGGACCUUCAACUAACUACGGGGCGGCUUCCAUUUUCCAGAGAGCUUGAAGCAGAGGCUGACGAUGGUGGGCCGCUUUGUCACGAAUCGCUCCGGCCCCGGCGGAUCGGCCGCGUUCGAGCUCGACCCGGCGAGCGUCUCGGCAGUCUUUCCCACGCACGACUUCUCGACGGCGCUCAAGGCCAUGGUUGAGGUCUCGCUCCGCGACGUUGGCAGCCUUCUACCCAAGGAUGCCCACGACAUCGACACGGCCAAGCUUCAGGCCUUUUUUCCGGACGGCCUCGAGGCCACGGAUGAGCUCGUCGUGCUGCCGUACAGCAAAGUUCGGACUCAAACGGUGGGCCUCGACAACCUCCCGACUCUUCCUCUCGGCCACCGCGCUGUGUUUCUCGGGCAGGUCAAGCUGGAGCUCGCGCCGGGUAUCGACCCGACGCGGUUCAUCGCGAUUGGUGGCCCGCAGCUCGACAUCCUCCUUGCGGGGAAGUAUCGCCUCAUGAAGUGGAAGCGCGACGUCCAAAAAUUGCUCCAAGCCUCCGCAGCGAUUCCGGCCAACCCGCCGACGACGCCUCAGCGUAUCAGAGGCAACCCGCACCUCAUGGCGUCUCCGUCGCCCCAUCGCAUCGGCGGGCGCACCAUGACGUCUCCGUCACCCCAGCGCAUGGGCGGGCGCUUCACGGCAUCUCCGUCGGCCCGAGGCUUGUCGCCACUACCGACGCGAUCACCAAUCUUGAUCGAUCACAUUCCACUGCCGUCGCCGGCGUCGUCGCCCGUCCAGAAGAAGAAGAAGGCCGGCGCGCGUCUCAAGGCAAUGGCGGAAUUCGACCCGAUCAAGACGAUGAAGACGGCGUUCGACGACGCUAAGACGCCCAAGACGCUCAAGACGCCCAAGACGCUCAAGACGCCGAAAUCGUCCUCUGAGACGCGCCGUUUUUUCCUCCAAGCGCUAUUGCCCGACGCGCCCGCGUUCUCGGCCAAGAUGUCGACCAAGGAGACGCACAAGGAGUACUUUACUGCGCUACUCAUCGCCGAAGCCCAAGCCGCGAUCGCCUCUGGGAAACAAACGCUGCCGGCUACUUUUACCGCACUCGCAGCUUCAUUCGAAGGCGUCUCGGACCCCAACGUGGCGACGUUCAAGACGCUCGAGAAGAACUUGCUCAUUUUUGGCGACGUCGUCCGCCUCAAAGUCGACAGCGCGCGACAUGCGAUCGGCAUCGUCGAGCGCGUGUACGGGCCCAUGAUCGACAUCGUCCUCCUCCAGGCGGACAAGAAGGCGCUCGGCCUCCCGAAGACCAAGGCGAUCGAUGCCAAGGUGGUCACGUCGCUGGUGACGACGCUGCGGAUGCUGGACGGCGUCGGCUCCGUCGACAAGUUGCCCGAGCAUUUGCGCGACGUCGUGCUCAACCAGUCGAGCGCCGCCGCGACCGUCUCGGUGCUCAAGGCUGCUGCGACGACGCUCCGUGACGUUAUCCAGAAGUCGACCGGGUUGCCCAAGACGCCGACCAAGGGCAAGGGCAAGAAGCCGGCCAAGAAGAAGAUGCCCACGGACGACGAAGACGCCGUGUUGACGCUCUUAAUGGACCUCGCCAAGAUGACGUUGUCGGUCGAAAGCCUCGAGGCGACCCAGAUCCACGAGGUCGUGGCCGAGCUUGUCGACAAGGCCAAGGCGCCGACCGAAGACAUUGCGAUGGCGGCGGCCACGCUCGACAACUUGUACAAGUUGCUCCUCACGCCGUCGCUCUACGACGUGGACCGCACGGUGGCCGGGCUCCUCGCGUCGGAGAUGAACGCCACGCAGUUCCAGGCGCUGCGUCGCGGCCUCGGCAACCUCGAGACCGGUAUCUCGCUUUGGAAGGGUCCGCCGGGUACUGGCAAGACGACGACGAUCUGCGCCCUGCUCUCGGCCCUCCUCUCCAAGGCCCCACCGUCCAAGGGCCGGCUCCCGAGUGUUCUCGUGACCUCGGACUCGAACGCGGCGAUCGACGAGAUCAUCGAGCGCGUCUUCUCGGUCGGCAUACACCUCGUCGGCCACCCUACGAAAGUCCGAGCGCAACUGCCGCGCCCGAAGGAUCUGCCGCAGCCCGCGCUCACGGCCGUCAAGAUGGGCAGUCGACAUGGCGCGCGGGACAUUGGCCUCGCGACGGCGGCCGAUCACUACAAGGCCGAGAUCAACGACGCGCUCCGCCGGCUUCCCGCCAACGACAAGCGCGUCAUGGACCUCCACGUCAAGAAGGACCGAAGCAAGUCGGAGCUCUUGGCGCGCAUUGCGGACAGGGCCAACAUCGUCUUUGCGACGCAUUCGUCGUGCGCGGGUUCCGACAUGGCGUUCAAGCUCCGGCAAUCGGGCUUUGACGCGGUCAUUGUCGACGAGUGCGGCCAAGCGACCGAGCCAAGCUCGCUUCUCGCGCUCCUCGCGCAAGCCGGUCGGUUCUUUUUGGUUGGCGACACCAAGCAGCUCGCGCCGACGGUGCCCAGCAAGGCCGCAGAGGAGCACGGCUUGGCCGUCUCGCUCAUGGAGCGCUUGGAAGGGUAUCUGCCCGUGACGAUGCUCAACGAGCAACACCGCAUGCACCCCUUUAUGAGUGCAUUCACGACCAAGGCGUUCUACGACGGUGGCUUGACGGACGCGCCGGCGAUCGCGCGACGUGUGCUGGCCCAAGACCCGGCCAUGUACGCGCACCCGAUGUUCCAGCCGCUCACGGUCGUCGACAUUGCGGGUGUCGAGAAGUUCGUCGGCACGUCCAAGUACAACGACGCCGAAGCCACGUUUUGCAUCGACCAGAUCGAGCAACUCAUGAUGACAUACCCGCGCGUCCAGAGCGGCGAGUGGAGCAUCGGCGUCAUCACGCCGUACAAGCCGCAAGUGCACAAGCUUGUGGCCGCCAUUGACGCCAAGAUUGCGGCCAAGAUGAUGGACACCAAGCCGUGGUCCAGCAUUGAGGUGUCGUCGGUCGACGGCUUCCAGGGCCGCGAGAAGGACAUUAUCAUCGUGUCGUGCGUCACGAGUGGCAAGAUGGGCUUCCUCGCCGACGACCGCCGCACGAACGUCAUGACAUCGCGCAGCCGCCGCUUCUGCCUCAUCAACUGCAAUGCCUCGGCGCUCCAAGGCCACGCGACGUGGCGCAAGCUGUUGGCGCACGCCAAGCACAAGUGCGCGUUUGUCGACGCCGGCACCAAGAGCUUUGCGGCGGUGUGGGCCGAGACUGAGGCGGACGACGACCUCAAGGCUCGCGUCUUCUACCAGCACGCGACGCUCCGUGCGACGCUCGAGCAACACGAGGACGAAGAAGAAAAGGCGGACCCGUGCGAGGAAGAGAAUGCCCCGAACGAGCAAGAGACCAAUGACGAGACGCUUUAUGACGCCAAGCGCAAGCGCCGCGACAGUCCCAAGGGUCGCGGCACUCCCAAAAAACGUUCUGGCGCCGCGCAAGGGUAGG